AUGACCGACCUCCAACCACUCGACAACCCCGUUCGCAUUGGAGUACUUUUAUUCCCUGGCUUCCAAGCUCUGGACGCAUUCGGUCCUCUGGACUGCAUCAACAUCCUCUCCCGAACAAGCAACGUCACUCUAUCUCUUCUAUCUCACACCCUAGACCCAGUAUCAACAAAAUACUCCGAAACCCCCGGAACUACCGGACAAGAAGUCGUUCCAACGCACACAUACGAAGCACCACCGCCACUAGACGUUCUCCUCAUCCCAGGUGGUCGAGGGUCCCGAGGAUCCGGACCAAUCGUGCUCGCAGCUAUCAGAUUCAUCAAAGACACAUAUCCAAGUCUGAAAUACUUGAUCACCGUAUGCACUGGCUCUGGGCUCGCAGCUCGUGCUGGGGUAUUAGACGGCAAACGGGCAACGACUAACAAAAUGGCAUGGAAGGAUAUGGUUGCUCUAGGCCCAGAGGUAGAAUGGAUCCCGCACGCGCGAUGGGUGACAGAUGGGAAUAUUUGGACGUCGUCUGGAGUCAGUGCGGGAAUAGAUGUAACGCUUGCUUGGAUCGGGAGGGUUUUCGGCGAGGAGAAGGCCAAGAUGAUCGCAGAGGGGAUAGAGUAUACGAGACAUGAAGAUCCAAACUACGAUCCCUUCGCGGAGCUGUAUGGAUUAUGA